CCGGGUUAUAAAUUUACAGGAGAUGAGAGGUGGUGAUCUUAUUUUUAUAGCCAGCCAUGUAUGAAGCCUGCUUCAAUAACAGCUUCACAAAUGAACUUGUGUAUUACGUCUUAUUGUUACUCUUGCUUCUUAUUUCACCUUUCUUAUUCGUUUGGGAACUCAUAGUCGCUGUCCGUUCAAGUUUCCGACGCAGCGAAAACAUGUCCGGAAAGGUGGUCUUGAUCACUGGCGCUUCAUCUGGACUUGGAGAGCUUAUGGCAUAUGAAUAUGCCAAAAGAGGGGCGAAUUUAUCGAUUAUAGCGAUAGAAGAACCAGAGAGUCGACUCGAGCAAGUAGCGCAUACAGCUCGCGAACUUGGCUCUCCUGAUGUUCUUUUCUUGUUUGCUGAUGUGUCAAAGGUAGAUGAGUGUAGGAUGUUUGUGGAGGAGACCGUUAAACAUUUUGGUCAACUGGAUCAUCUUGUUUGUAACGCAGGAAUCGGACCCCUUUAUUCUAUUGACAUUGAUGUCACUAAAUUUGUACCUUCUAUGGACAUCAACUUUUGGGGAUCGGUCUAUCCAACUCAUUUUGCAAUCCCAUACCUAAGGAAAACUAAAGGCAAGAUCAUCGUCAACGCCUCAGCUGCUGGUUUGUUGAACCCACCAAAAUUAGGCAUCUACAGUGCAAGUAAAGCAGCAUUGAUCAGCUUCUACGAGUCCCUUAGAUAUGAAGUGUCACCGACGGUAACAAUAGCAAUAGUGAAACUUGGGUUUAUAAAAACAAACUUCAUAUCAGCUAAACAUUCAAACAACACUACUGGCGUUCGCCUAAGAAGAGAUAUAGACACUGAGAUCCCAGCGAUGGGGGCUGAUGCAUGUGCGAAAGCCAUUGUGUAUGGAGUAUGCAAAGGAGAAACGUCCAUUACACAACCGAGGUUCAUUAAGGCUAUCUUCUUGAUGAAGUUUUUAUUCCCAGAGCUAUACCGUUUGUACAACAAAUAUAUUGACUCAACGUUUGAUAAACUAAGAAAGGGUUGAUAACCGGCCCCUUAAAAUAUCACUCGUUUUCUAGCGAAAUGCCCAUUUAUUUAGUUUUCUUGUCUGUACCUCUUAAUGUAAUACACAUCACUACGUUCUUUCAAUCUUGUAUCAAGUAUAACAUAUAUGGUAUCAAAGAUAGUUAAGCUCAA